UACUGGAUGUAUCUGUCAACAUAUUGCUACGUAGAUUGGGUGCAACUUCAUGCAGUAUGAUCAGCCUGAGAAUUGUAAGAUCUCAUGGGACUUGAAGAUAAAAAUGUAUUGAGGCAGAUUAUCCUUAUUAAUCUGAGGUCGUUGGAAAUUUUUGCUGUCUUUUUCUUGGACACUGCUUUCAAGUGGCUUCAGAGCAAUGGCUAGUUUCGGAAAAUGUGAUGUGCUCUUGCGCCUAUUUGUAGGCCUGCUAUAAAUAGGGCCUUGCUAGCAACACAUGCUCUGCUGUGAUUGACAAUUCUAGUGUUACUGGGACAGCGGGCUCUAAAGAACAGGCAAAAAACAUACGAAUGUAGCUCCCAAGUCAGUUACAAAGAUCAGCUGUACAUUUUGGUUCUAAAAGCCCAGAGGACUUUAUUCUACAGAAAUAUUGAAGCCCCACUGAAAAACAUUGGUGGGUUUUCUGGACUGCUGAAGUUAUUUAUUUUGGACAAUGACAUCCAGGAGGCCCAUGACCCGCUCUUACUCAGGAAAUGGGAGAUCAGGAAGCCAAAAUGGGGAGGAUGUCUCUGCACCAAGUGGAAGGUCAGAAAGCCGCAACUACCUCUCCAAUGUUAGGCCUGAAAACAGGAGUACAUUAUGUACCGUCAUGGCCCAGUUGACUGAGGAGACCCAGCCAUGUUUUGAGACCACCAUAAAAUCCAAGGCAGUGUCUGAGACCUGCAAUGUCAAAUUCUCAUGUGUGGUUACAGGUUACCCAGCUCCUGAGCUGACCUGGUACAAAGAUGACAUGGAAUUAGAUCGAUACUGUGGUCUUCCCAAAUAUGAAAUAUUUCGCAAUGGAAAAAUUCACACGCUUCACAUCUACAAUUGUACAGAGGAAGAUGCAGCCAUUUAUCAGGCCUCAGCGAGAAAUAGUAAGGGUAUCGUCUCCUGUUCUGGGGUGCUGGAGGUGGGUACCAUGAGCGAAUUCUUGAUCCACCAAAGGUUCUUUGCCAAACUGAAACAGAAGGCUGAGAAAAAGCGACGAGAGUUGGAGGAAUCUCGCCGUCGUGGUAAGGAGAACAUUCAGAAGGAACAGUUAAAUGUCAUAAAUCAGGAACGCUUACUAAGAAAGCGUAGGUCUCCUGCCGGGACUGACCCACUGAGCUCUUCUCCUGCAACCCAGGAUGGAGAGGGGAAUGUGAUCUCCCAAGCGACAGACACUAAAGAGCCGCCCACAGUCAUAGACGAUAAAUCUGAUAAUAUCACAUUACAGGCAUCUGUAUCAAACACAGAGGUGACAACAGAGAAUGGCAAUGAGCAACUCAACCAUGUCUGCAACAAAAUGGAGGUAGUGCCCACAAAGCAGUCCACCAAAGAGAAAAUAGGUGAAAAGAAGAUGCGCAUUGCUAAUGGAUUUGAUGAAGCAGGUAUCAUUCAGCCCAAACAGAGCAACAGAGGAGAAGAGGAUGAUAAUGAAGAAAUUAGUCUGGCAAAAUACUUAGCCAUGUCUGUGCAGUCACAAGCCGCUGAGCAACAUCAGAGCUCUGUACAGUCGCAGGAUAUUACGGACGUCGAUGUUAAUGCGGUCCAAGAAAAAGAAGGAGAAGAAAAGUUGGAGAAAGAGAGGGAAAGAUUAAAAGAAGAAGAGAGGAAACAACCAAGAGAAGUAGAGAGGGACAGAGAUCGAGAGCAAGCCCAGGAGAAAGAAAGAGAUAAAAGCAGGCAAAUAAAACCAGAACAAACAGUUGCAUCUGAAUCUACAACCAAGGCUUCGACAAACAAAGAGCCAGAGCAUCAACACAAGUCAACCAUAACCUCGGUUUUUCACUCCUUAAAGGACAUAUUCUUUGGUAAAAGUAAGAAGUCUACAGAGAAAGCAGAGGACACAAGGAGAACCAGUGAUAUGACUGGGGAAAAGGAAUUGCCACAAGAGAAAUACUUGCCUCCCGCAGAAACACCUCUGCAAGAGCCAGAGCAAAAGACUUUGGUUUAUGGUGUGGUCUCUGAGCAAGAUACACUAAAACUGGUACAGGAGUCGUCUCAAACUGUGGAUUUGGAAUUAAAAAGAAAGUCUCUACAGCAUACACAAGAUUCAGCUGCCCCCAAUGAGACCGUAAAAUCAAAUUCAGUGGAAAUUAUUUCUGAAGUGAAUACAAACAAAUCUGAGGAUGUGUCUGCCACCCUUGAAAGAUAUCUUGAAAGUACUGGAACCACACUGGAAAUGCCAAAAAGAGCUGAGGAGGAGAGCAGUCCAGAAGAGGUGCCCCAGAUUUCUCAUUCACCACUCAAGUCAACAGACAAUCAUACCAAACCCAGUGGCAAUGAAGUUCCUGGCAUUCUGGACUUGGCCAAUCAACCACGUGAGACUGAAGUGAUAGAAUUUACCUUUCCUGUGGAUGAGGUCAUGCAAGGUCCUGAGGAAAUGCAUAUUCUAGAGGUACAGGGAGUCUCAGCUACCUCCCUGACAGACCUUAGCAAGGCAGACCUGGAAAGCAUGCAGUGGUGUGAGAGCCAAUCAGAGUCUCAGCUUUCACAGCUAGCAGACUAUAUCCCUAUCACCGUGCAUGCUGAGUCCCAGUCAUCGCAACUAAGGGUGGAUGAGAGCAAAGAGUGUUGUGACUCACACUCAAAUGAGAAAGUAAUUCCUCAUAUAGAGGAAGCAAGUGUUAUGAAUACGCAAGAGGGAGGUUCCCAGACAGAGAAAAUUAAAGAGAGGAUGGAUGGUUCAACAGAAGGAGAAUAUUUUGCUCCAAGGGAAAAUGAAGUGGAGAGUGACUUUGUAAUGAAAGAGUCAGACCUUCCUGUAGUUGUAGUUUUGAGUAGUACAGAAGAUGAUAUGAUAGAUGAAAACGCAUUGUCACCAGCAUUGGGUCUAAAUCGAGAAGGGGAUUCCAUCUCUUGUUUGUCUGAGAAUGCAGUGGAAAUAGAUAUUAAAGUAGAUGAAAAAUCUAUACCAGCAAUAGAUAUUAGCAUUGCAGAGAAUGAAGAAGUUGUAGCUGAUUCUGCUCCAGUGAAUGACUAUAAUAUGAAGGAAAACAAGAAUGAUAAUAGCAUUUCAAGUCAGGAUAGAAGUGCUGAAGAAAAGGGAGAAGAAAUUGUUGAAGAAAAAAUGGACAAAAGCAGUGAGAAAGAGAGGGAUAACGCAAACAUGGAAAAGGGCCAUGCUAGCACUGAAGAUAAGAGGGAUGAUUCCAAUGAAAAGAGGAAAGAUGAUGACAAGAGAAAUAAGAAUGUUGUUCCAGUUCCAGAAGUUUCCAUUGUGAUUCUAGAAAAAGAGAUCUCCAAAAAUGCAAGACUGAGAGCUGAGACUGAGGUCAUGGAAACUCAGCCGAGGCCAUACAAAACAGAUAAAUCAAAAAUCCUUCCCAAAGCACAAGCUGAGAGGCGUUUGACCGAGAAGGACCAACAAGCCGUCCAACCAAUCAUAAUACUCCCUGACACAAGGGAAACUGUAAUAAAAAAUGUGGCAAAGAAGAGAGUCAUGCCACUCAUACCAGAGAUCAAGGUCACAGUGCCAGAGAGAGUAAAACGUGAAGAACCAGUUAGCAUACCAAGAGUUGAUGUUCUGAAAUUAGAGCCUGAGCGAGUUAUGCAGCCUUUAACACAGGAGGUUGCACACUUAUUUCGAGAACAUGACAGACCAAUGGAUGAAGCAACAAGACCAUCAGGUGAAUCAAACAGGGCUCUAGUUAUUCCAGAGCAAUUUGGUGUGACAAGGAACAUUCAGUCUGCACCUUCAGAGGAUAGAUCACAGGAAGUUAAGCCGCAAAAUCUAGAAACAAGUGUGAGAGUUGGAGAAGCACCAAGAAUUAUUGGCAGCGGCUUGGGCAAAGAAGAUGACACUAGUAUCCCUAUAAUCAGCAUAGCAUGUGCAGAUGAUAAUGAAACUACUCUUGAACAAAAGCACACAUUUGGCCAGUCCUCACUUCCUGGCAUAUUAAUCUCACAAGAUAGCACUCAACCCCCCGCAAUCCCUCCCAUUUCUAUCACAGAUGUAGACAAAUGGGCUGAUAGCAGUUUAAAAAAGAAAGAAGAUUUCGAGACUUCAGUUGCUAUUCUGAAGCAUGACAGUGAUCAUGUAGCCACAUCUUCUGAGAAGUCAAAAGAGCAGCUCAUGUCUCAACUGAGCCCUGAUGUGCCAUUGUCCUUAUCUACAAAAACCCCUCAAAGUAUUACAACCCAAGACACAGACAGUCUUCCACUACCAAAAGACACAAGAGUAGAACCUGACACUUUAUCUGACAGGCUACAAAGAGACAAACUUUCCAUAGAGAAACUUGGUCUAACAACCCCUGUGGGACCUACGCUCCCUCCACUAAGUCCUGCCAGUCUGCGAAGGCUUAUGGCAAAGAACAACCCCAAUUUAGAAAAUCAGGGGUCCAUGUCUGGCGCAUCAGUGGAUGGAAGUGAGAAAAAAGGGGAAGAGAGUGGAGGAAGCACACCCACAUCCACCCUAUCCUGCGAGAGCAGCCCCAAGAUGAAGCGACGAGACAGUCUCACCCUAAUCCCCUCUGCCACCCCUGAGGAACUAGCCUCUGGUGCUCGCCGAAAGAUCUACCUUGCCAAAACCAAGUCUGAGGAUGAGGGUUCUGAUACACAGGGUAAGAGAGACAGCCCGUAUAUGUCACCCAGUCAGGCACGCAGGGCUGCCUUCCUGCAACUUCAAAGUGGCCAGCAAACACCACCCACAGAGAGACGUUCGCCACUGAUGGCCCGCCGCAAGGCCACGCUGGAGGUGCCAAAACCAAAAGAGGAGAGCACAGAGGUGGUAGACAGUGCAAAGACAGAAACCAAACCAGCAGAGAAGGAGAAGUUGGACCCCUUCAAAGCUCCUCAGGUUAUCCGCAAGAUUAGGGGAGAGCCCUUCUCAGACGCUUCAGGCCACUUGAAGCUGUGGUGCCAGUUUUUUAACAUCCUCAGUGACUCCACCAUCAAGUGGUACAGAGAUGAAGACGAGAUUGUGGAGAUGGAAAGACGUGCUGGGGACGAGAGUCCAGUUGCACUGGCCAUAGUCCAGGCUUCCAGUAGAGACUGUGGAGUAUAUGGCUGCUCUAUCAAGAAUGAAUACGGGACUGACAUCACUGAUUACCUGCUCAGCGCAGACAUACUGGCAGAAUUUUUCUUAAGGGAUGAUUUAGAUGUGGGAGAAGAGAUAGAGAUGACGCCAAUGAUGUUCACCAAAGGCCUUGCAGACUCCGGUUACUGGGGCGAUAAAUUAUUUGGUCGCAUCAUGACGGAGGAGGUGCAGAUUGGAGAGGGCUGUGUACACAAGACCUGCAGGGCAAAGGUCAUCUAUGGUUUGGAGCCUGUCUUUGAGUCAGGCACAACAUGCAUCACUAAAGUAAGAAAUCCCAUCGCAUUUGGGGCCAAGGAGGAGAGCAACCUGGCCGAGAGAAAUCUAGAGAUCACCAAACAGGAGUGUAAAACCCAGAAUACUGUUCGGGAGUACUGCAAGAUAUUUGCGGCUGAAGCCAGGGUGAUCGAGAACUUUGGAUUCUCAUUAGAAGUGAUCCCCCUUCAUCUGAUGUAUCGGCCAGCCAACACAGUCCCGUAUGCUGCAGUGGAGACUGAUUUGAAUGGUGUAUAUGUGAAAUACUGCCUGAUGGACAGUACAGGGAGACUGAUCACCAGAGCCGCCACUGAGGUGGAGCAGAAAUGUUGCACUUUCCAGCACUGGAUCCAUCAAUGGACCAAUGGAAACCUCCUCGUUACCCGAUUAGAAGGUGUCGAUACAAAAAUCACAAGUAUUGAAAUUGUUACCAAAUCCAAAGGGUAUCAAGGCCUCACAGAUAAAGGCUCUCCAAACGUAAUGGAGCAGUUCAUUACUCAACAUCAGUGUAACUACUACUGUGGGUUGCUGGGCCUAAGACCCCUAAAGCCCAUGGAUUCUCUACAGCAACAAAAGAUAAAGACCUCAAGGAGCCCUCUACUGGCCCGAAGGGGGGUUACAGGCUCAUCCAGCCCCCAGCUGCAGAAGAAGGGAACUAGCCCACAGUCUACCAGGAAAGGCACCUCUAGCCCCAAAGUAGUUAAAAAGACAGAUGAAGCAGGGGUUAACAAGCCUGCUGCCAAACACAAAGCAGUGGAGGUCCCCAAACCUGUCAAGAUGAGGUAGAAAGAAUGUAAACAAAAUACAAAGCAACUAGGGCAUACUUUUUUGAAUUUCUUACCAAUCUUUAGUAUGGUGCCUAUACCAUUAUUUAUAGCUAAUGUUGUACAAGACAAAGGGCCUUCCUUGUGUCAAAAGACUGGCUUGUAAAGCUGUCAAAGGAUUAUGCCCGUAGUCUUUGCACAUAGCAUCUAAAAUGCAACAGAAAAAGAAGGAAAUUACUGUAUUGAUACAUGAAUGGUGAAUGAUCAGAGGUGUUUGGCAAUUUAUAAUAUUACUGUGAACUGCUUUGCAAAUGUAAGACCUCUUGAGACCACCAUCACUUUACUUAAGCUGAAUUGAGGCUAUCCCCUUUCAAGACCGUCACUGGGGAAACAAAUACAAAACCAGGACUGUAUGUAGAUAGAUCAAUGUUAUCAGAUAGACUAUGGAACUGUCUGAUUAAAAAAUGUUCCUAUGUCAAAUGUACAUGAGGAACUGUGAGCAAGGGACUCUAUAAGGAUUCCUCAAACAUCUGUGAUGUAUGUGUCUCGGCGGUGCUGAAAUGCUGCUUUUUUGGGGGUAACUGUCACUGAUACGCUUUGGAUUGUUGUGCUUUUAAGGGUAUGGGCAUAAAUCUGCUGUGCGACUGUCCACUCUUUAAAUUAUGCAUCACCAAUAUGCCACUCUUGGUUGUUCAUAUAUGGGCAAACUAUUUGCUUUGUAAUCAGUACAGCUUUGGUUUUAUCUUGAAACAUGUUCCCUAGAAAAGGCAAAAUUAUGAGCUUUAAUGUCAUAAUAAAGCUAUUUACUACUGACCUUUUAGACUGUUCACAUGUCAUCAAUCUCUAGAACCCUACAACUUCAUGUUAAUGGACAAAAGAUAUAUAUAUAUAUAUUUGUAAACUUUUAAUCCUCAUAAUGUUUACAAACAAAUAUUUCAAAAGAAGUUCUUUUGGUUUUGAUAUUUUGAUGAAAUGUAUGUUCAUUUAUGAUUAAACCAAAAUUCAAUAAAUGUAGCUGCAUAAACCUUUA